AUGCAUUACUAUGAUUCAUUGUCACAAAAUGAGGCUUUUUCGAUUGAAGAAAUUUACGAAAGUGAUAUAACUAAUGAAGAAAAUAAAUUACUUAUUGAAUUUAUAAAAAAUAUGCAAAAUGAAAGGAAUUUAAUUCCAAGCACAGUAAAUGCUAAUACAAUAUUAUAUAAAAAUGAAGAUUUAAAUACCAAUGAAAAAAUUCAUAAAAUUUUUACAAUUAUAGAUAAAUAUACAGAAAAUUACGAAUUAGAGAAAAAAGCAGAUAAUAAGAACACUAAUUUAAAAUGGAAAACAACAGCUAUUGAAUAUUUAACGAAUUUAAGAAAUUAUAUUCACAAAAAGUACAAUCGAAAUAUAAUCGAUACAUCCAAAUAUAAUUCAUCUGAUUGUUCUAUAUUACUAUCUUUACAAAAAAAUGAAAAUUUAAUAUCAAUUUUUUGUUCGAAGCCAUUAUGUGUUCAUUUAUAUAUUUACGGAAUUAACUAUAAGCAAAUAAUUUAUUACAUUGAUAUCAUAACAAGAUAUAUAGAAUCAGAAAAAGAGAAUAACCCUUCCAUCUUUUUGUGGUUAAUUUAUUUUCUUAUUUUAUUGGAUUCUUUACAAGCAUUGGAUUCUGAUGUUUCUUCAAAUCUACAAGUAAUAAAACGUUUUUGUAUAAAAAAAAUCGGCAACUUUGAAAUAUGCACUUUUCAAAAAAAAAAAAAUUAUCUUGAUUUUUUAACACAUUUUAAUUGCAAAUCUGAAGUACUUAAUUUCAAUGUUUCAUCAGAAUGCAUAACAAAUUUAUUAUAUAUUAUUUAUUUAAUAAUUACUGGUAUAUUUAAUCAAAAAUAA